GGACGACGGACCCGUCGGACCGUUAGGACCAUUUGUAUACAGCCAACGUCCCGACCAAAUACUGCCUAAGCAGAGGCCAUAUACAAUUAAACAAGAAGAAGUCAAGUUAAUUCAAAUUUGAUUUUUUCCAGUUAGUAAAGUAAAUUGUAAAUGGUAAAUAAUCAUAGAAAAAUAAAAACUAAUAAGCAAAGUCGUUUCGUAUUGUGCUCGUGUUCUGUGUUGUGCUCUGUGAUUGUGCUGGCAAAAGUUUUUUUUUCAUUUAGUUAAGGGUUUCAGGCAAAACAAUAUUUUAUGAAAUAAAAAAAAUGCAACGAAGAUCUAAUAGUAGUAGUCAUAUCCCAGUACGGUUGUUUGGCCCAAGUACUGGUAGUAAAGAUGCAACUGCAAGAAAGAGAUCAAAUUCUCUAGGAAGAUUAAGUCAACAAAGGGAGUCAAGUGCAGUAAAAUUCAAAGUGAACUCUGUGGAAAGAAAAUCUAAUUUAUUAAAGACUACGCCUUUGACAAGACAAAGAAGUUAUGGUUUUAGCUAUGCUACCCCUUCAUCUAUUGGUAGUGUAGGUAGCCGUGGAUCAAGAGUUUCUCCAGCUACAGGAUUGAAGGAUAAACAAAGCAUUCAAAAGCUGUCAACUAAUUCACUUUGGGUAGCUCAGCAGUACAAAAAAGUACAAAAUUAUAUAUCAGAAAGUGAAAUUUUCGAUCUGACAGUAAUAAAUCCAAGUAACAUUAAACCCCCAUCCAUUAAAGGGUUUAUUUAUCUUGUAACCACUCUUCUGAAACAAAUAUAUCCCAAUCCAAAGAACAUUACACACGAAAACUACAAAGAAGAGAUAGUAAAUAAAUUAAAAAAGUUGCAUUACCCUGGAACAAUGACAAUUUCAACAUUAAAAUCAGUAAAUACCAUGCACUGUUGGGCUCAAGUAAUUGGAAUGUGUGGAUGGCUUAUUGACAAAAUUACAUUAAAAAUAACGGGCUUUAAUGAUUAUUCUAUUCUGCCUCCAGAAGAACUGCACAAGUAUUUAUUGCAAGAGUUAUCAAAUGCCUAUUUUUGUCAGCUAUGUAUCAUGUUUAAUGCUGAGGAUCCUCCUGAACAGUUAAAAGAAGCUGAACAAAAAUACAAAGAAGAUUUCAUGAAGAUUUUAUGUGUUGACGCUGAGGAAUUUCAUAAGAAUAAGACUGAAUUUGAACAAUUAGAAGAUAAAAAAGCCAGACUAACAACCUAUAAUGAUAAUGCAUUGCAAGAAUAUCAGGCGAUAAAAGCUAAAAGAAACAAACUAAGAAACGAUUUGGCAACUUUAGAGAGAAGCGACGAGGAUGAACUAGUUGGAUUAGAAACUGAAAGAGACCAUUUCAACUCGGUUUAUAAUAAACUUGCUCUAAUGAAGAAUCAAUUGGAGUCCCGAGUAGAAUUAUUGAAUAAAAGAAAAAGAAACCAGACUUACAGCUAUCAAGAAAAAAUAGAAUUAUUACUUAAAAGUGAAAACUUAAAAAAGGAGAUUUCUCUAAUUAAAGGAAGAAACGAGCAUGCCCAGAAUAUUAAACAUAAAUUUGAUGAUACGAUUAAUGAAGAACUUCUAAAGUUGGAAUCAAAAGUUAUCCAAUGGAACCGGUCGCUAAUGGAAGUAUGCAUAAAAAAUCCAAGCUUAAAAAAACUAUUACUCAAAGAGACCGGUUUUUAUAAAGAUGAGUUUUUGCAAGAAAUGUGUGAAAUAGCUAAAAUGAAGCAGGAUAUUGAAAUCCAUUCAACAAGGAAAUGUGAAACACUCGAAGUUACAUUGAAACAGAAAAUUAUUGACAUGCAGAAUGUUAAGAAAGAUUUGGAAAUUCUGCAGAGUGAAAUAAACAAGUACCUAUUGGAAUCAAAACAAUUUGAUCAACAUAAAGAAGAUGUAGAUGAAGAUAUAAAACAGGCAUUAUCCGAUUGGGACAUUCAAAUGAAGAACAUAUUAUCAUCUAGUGAGUCAUCAGAAGUUAACCAGAUAAAACAACUAACUGAAGAAAACGCAACACUAAAAAUCAUUAGAGAUAAGAAAUUAAUGGAGCUUAAAGAAUUUUCAGAGACAGCUCCUGCAUUCUUUAUUGAAUUGAACAAGCAAGUUGAAAAUAUUAUAAAAGAACUAAACUUAAUUACUGCCGGUAGGCGCCAACGGAUUGAAGAACUAAGUUUAAAAAAAUCAGAGGAUGGAGAGAGAUUCAUUUUAUUUUUGGAAGACUUAAGUCGUGAAGAUAACUAGUUGUGGUUUUUGUAUUAUGUUUAAUUUUUUUUAAUGUAGACAAUUUAAAUAAAUUAUAUUUUGCUAAUGAAA